ACGCGCUCAUUAAAAUCCCCCAAAGCUUUCUUCUCCGCCCCCCGUCCUCACGGCGCACGCAAGGCUUCACUCAUCGUCUCCGGCCCCUCUUCGCCCUGGGAGGCUCCGGCGUCUCUCUCCGCCUUCCGCACCGCCGCCGCCGCUUCAGAUCGAUCGAGCUUCUGAUCCGGCUUGGGGGGAUUUCGGAAGUCCUUACACGUUGCCCCGUGUAGAGAACCGCGCAGCGAGGAUGUUCAGCGGAACGAACCCUUUUGGGCAAUCAUCUAGCAGUCCUUUUGGGACCCAAUCAGUCUUUGGGCAGGCAAGUAACCCAACCAAUCCUUUUGCCCCAAAACCUUUUGGUAGCCCAAACCCUUUUGGCACUCAAACGGGGAGCUCCAUGUUCGGUGGGACUUCAACUGGUGUUUUUGAUGCUACUCAACCCUCUUCGCCUUUUUCUACUACGCCUGCCUUUGGUGCUUCAUCUUCACCAUCUUUUGGAACUUCAACACCCGCUUUUGGUGCAUCAUCAACUCCUGCUUUUGGGAGCUCUUCCUCAGCUUUCGGUGGAUCUUCUUUUUUUGGACAAAAGCCUUCUUUUGGUGGGUUUGGUUCGACCCCUCAAACAAGUCCAUUUGGAAGCACAAGUCAGCCAUCACAGCCAGCAUUUGGGGGCAAUGUUUUUGGUUCCUCCCCCACUUUUGGUGCAUCAAGUCAGUCAGCAUUUGGUGGUACUAGUACUCCUGCCUUUGGUUCUACCAGUACACCUUCAUUUGGAGCUAGUACAUCUGCCUUUGGACAAGCAAGCACUCCUGCCUUUGGUUCAAGCACUCCAUUUGGGAGCACAGGCACUGCUUUUGGCUCAUCAACCACCCCAGGGUUCGGCACUGGGGGAGCUUUUGGGACUUCCAGUGCACCACUUUUUGGAUCUUCAAGUACCCCUGCAUUUGGCGCAUCCAGUGCUCCUCUAUUUGGUGCUUCAAGUGCUCCAGCCUUCGGUGCUUCCAGUACUCCAGCCUUCGGUGCUUCCAGUACUCCAGCCUUCGGGGCUUCCAGUGCUCCAGCCUUCGGGGCUUCCAGUGCUCCAGCCUUCGGGGCUUCUAGUAGUCCAUCCUUCAGUUUUGGCUCUUCUCCUGCUUUUGGCCAAUCAACCUCUGCAUUUGGUGGCAGUCCAUUUGGAGCUACAUCAUCCCCUUUUGGAUCCCAGAUUGGAGGCCAGGCCACAACACCAACUUUUGGAACUAGUGGUUUCGGACAGUCACCUUUUGGAGGUCAGCGUGGCGGAAGUAGAGUGGCUCCUUACACACCAACAACUGAGGCAGAUAAUGGCAGUGGAACUCAAGGAGCUGGUAAGCUAGAGUCAAUAUCGGCAAUGUCUGUAUAUAAGGAUAAGAGCCAUGAGGAGCUUAGAUGGGAGGAUUAUCAAGCGGGAGAUAAAGGUGGACCAAAUCCUGCUGGUCAGUCCGCUGGUGCUAUUGGCUUUGGUGCUUCUUCUUCAACUCCUUCACCAGCAUUUGGUCAAUCAUCUCCUUUUGCUUCCAACACAACCUCCAAUCCUUUCGCUUCUAAACCCUUCAGUACUGGGUUUGGAUCCUCGGCUACACCCAGCAUUUCACCUUUCAGUUCUUCAACUGCAUCGACUGCACCUUCCUUGUUUGGAUCGACUCCAACUCCUGCAUUUGGUGCCAGUUCAUCAUCAUCCAUCUUUCCUACAUCAGGCCCUUCUGCAUUUGGUUCAUCGCCAUCAGUUUUUAGUUCUCCGACUAUGGGGAGCUCUCCAUUUGCCUCUAGUUUUACCUCUCAGUCCACCCCAUUAUUUUCAUCUACUACGCCAUCCUUUGGCCAGACUGGCUUUGGACAGAGCACUUCUACUUUUGGACAGACCGCGUCUCUAUUUGGACAGACUACAUCUCCUUUUGUUCAGACAACUACUCCUUCGUUGGGUCAAACAAACAUGUUCAACACACCUACUGGUGGGUUUGGGGGAAGUUCAUUCCCAAGCACUUCACAGCUUCCUUCUACAACUCCCACUGGAUUCAGUCCAAUAAAUCAGUCCUUCUCGACUCCCUUUCAAUCAUCUCAACCUGCCCAAACAACCAGUCUUUUUAGCUUUGGUCACGUGGGUCAGACACAAACAGCUGCUACCGGUGGUUUUGGUACCCAAAAUAUAUUUGGCCAGAGCAACCUUGGAAAUCCGUCGGCCACCCUGACCCCUGCUGUCAUGCAACCAGUUGCUGUCACUAAUCCAUUCGGAACCCUUCCUGCAAUGCCUCAAGUAUCAAUUGGCCGAACUGGGACUAGUUCUUCUAUUCAAUAUGGAAUUUCCAGCAUGCCAGUGGUGGAAAAACCUGCUCCUGUCCGUAUAUCCUCUUUAUUGACAUCCCGACAUUUGUCGCAGAGACGGAUUAGGUUGCCUAUAAGGAAAUAUCACCCUAAAAGUGACGCGCCAAAGGUUCCCUUUUUUAGUGAGGAUGAAGAAACACCUAGCACGCCAAAGGCUGAUGCUCUUUUCAUUCCUCGGGAAAAUCCAAGGGCUCUGGUUAUCCGUCCAUCUGAGCAGUGGCCUUCAAGAACUAGCACAGAAAAGCCAUCUCCAUUGAAGGACACAUCUGGAACUGGGCAGGAAAACGGAGGUCCAGUUGAAAAUGGUCGUGUGAAGGAUCAAACAGAUCAUGUUAGAGGCAGCCACAAAUCAAAUGGAGACCAUGAUGAUCACUCUGUUCUGAAAGGUGACUCCUCAAUGACACUCAAUGGACACAGGGCUGGUGAGGCUGCAAUAGUGUAUGAGCAUGGUGCAGACAUUGAGGCACUAAUGCCCAAGCUCCGUCACUCCGAUUACUACACUGAGCCUAGAAUCCAGGAGCUGGCUGCCAAGGAAAGGGCUGAGCCAGGGUUCUGCCGCCGUGUCAAGGACUUCGUCGUGGGGCGGCAUGGUUAUGGAAGUAUCAAGUUCAUGGGUGAGACUGAUGUUCGACGGCUUGAUCUUGAAGCCCUUGUCCAGUUUAACAACCGAGAGGUGAUUGUUUACCCGGACGACAACAAGAAACCUCCUAUUGGACAAGGUCUCAAUAAGCCCGCUGAAGUUACACUUCUUAACAUCAAAUGUUCUGACAAGAAGACUGGACAACAGUGGACAGAAGGGCCUAAAAUUGAGAAGUACAAGGAGAUGCUCAAGAAGAAGGCUGAGGAUCAAGGUGCUGAGUUUGUGUCGUAUGACCCUGUCAAAGGAGUGUGGAAGUUUAAGGUCAGGCACUUCAGUAAGUACAAGCUUGAAGAUGAAGUUGAUGAUUGGAAUGUAUCUGCUGCCUCUGAGUCCUGAUCUAAGAAGGAUUGAUAAUUGAGAUAUUGUAAUUUUAGAUCUUGUUGAAUCAGUUUUGGGUUUUGUAUAGCACCAGCAUGAUGUCUUGGAUGGUGUGUUGUUGGGCUUUGUAGUCUAUAUUUUGCUUGUUAUCUGCUGGUAUCUGAUGGCUUUCCCAAUCCUCUGUAAUCCUUUAUUUCUUUCCUUUUGACUUGGAACUUUAUUUUGGCUGGUGCCACAAAGGUUUAUGGAAAAAGAACUUGUACUUACGAAAUUAAACGAGAAUGGAGAGAAUUUCACUUGCUUCA